AAAAACAACAACACGGUACACAUACACAAAUUCCCACUCAUCUCUAAACGGACGGAUGGAUGAUAACAAUUUGAUGAUCUAAACUGGUCUACUUUUUCGCCCAGUCCUUGUAGUACCUAUUGUAUUAGAAUCUAGACUAUCAUGGGAGCUCUAAUAUCUAGAUUCAAGCGACAGCAAACCACAAUUGAAGUGUUGGAAGGAAUAGAAAAGGAAAUUACCAGACUUCAGAGAAACCGUAAAGAGAACCAGGACAAGCGAAAGAAAUUUGUUACACGGCUGCUUAUAUACUCCAUCUUUGUUUAUGUUGUGGUGGCCAUUUUGUUUUUCUUGUUAUAUUUCCCCGACACAUGGGAGCUGAGGCUGCUGUAUUCUCUCCCCUUGCUGGUGUUCCCAUUCUUAAUAUGGGGUAUGAAAAAGCUGUUGAAUUGGUAUUUUGUGAAACGAAUUUCAUCUAAUGAUGUUGCAUUACAAGGUCUGCGAGAAAGAAAAAAACAAAUUCUGGAAGAUGUCAUGGAAACUGAAACCUACAAGAAAGCAAGAGAGAUUUUAGAAAAGUUUGAUCCCUCUAGGUUACGACAGUUAGAGGGCAACGCAGAGGCAAACGCUCGGCCGCAAACCCCUACAGCUGGCACAGUGAUUCACCAGAGAGUAGCAAGCACCACCCAUCAAGCAAGGGGCGUCCCAAGCAUGCGCCAACAAAUGCCCUCUCCUAGAAUGGUGGCCACCCAAGCUACCCCACUCAACAUGCAGAACCAGAGCGCCCCGGGGAUGCGACCUCGCAUGAGUAUGUCUACACCUAGAGCCCCAAUGCCCAUGGGAGGGGGAUACAUUGCGCCACCUGGUCCACCAAUGCCAAGGACAGUCCUGCCCAGGGAGCGGGGCACCAUGGACCGUCUGAUGGACUACCUGGUGGGGGAUGGCCCAGAGAACCGUUAUGCCCUUGUCUGUCACCAGUGCUACUCACACAAUGGGAUGGCUCUCAAAGAAGAGUUUGAAUACCUAACUUUUCGUUGCUGUUACUGUUACCAUGUUAACCCUGCUAGGAAGCAGCGGCCACUGGCACCAAGACUUGAAUUUUUUGCACCCCUGGGGGCUGAAAGAAGACCAGAAGCCAAUGAAGAAAGUGAAGAGGAAGAGACCAGUGACGAAGAUACAGAUCCUUCCCAGUCAGCUGCCUCCCAGGAUGCACCUGUUUCUCCUGGGAGACCAGACCCCCAAUCUUCACAGUCUAGCCAAUGGUGUGAUGUGGACAGCUUUACUGAUGCUACAUCUCCACCUGCCAGCGCACGAGGUCCGCCCCCCAACGGUAAACCAGUCAGCGCUGAUGAAGCUUUGUCCACAAACCAGAACCAUGAAAUUGAAUCUGUAUCGUCCGACACAUUUGCCACGGCAGCAGCUGAGAUGUACAAGAAGCCUCCUGUGCCUACUGGAAGAAAAACAAAUGCCGCUAUCAAAUCCGCGACAGGAUUUAGAGAGAUCCCAGAUUUCGACAAGCAUGAUUUUUUCUCUCUCCCAGCGUCGAAUAUGAAACCCAGGAACCUGGACUGCAGUAGUAACGCUUUUGAGGAGAAGGGGGAUGCUGAGACUGAUGUCACCCCCAGCACCAGUGAAGUGACUGAGAGUACGUCGCAGAUGACUGACAGCACAGCCGAUACAACAUCACAGGUAGAGACUCUACCACCUGAUGACCAAGGGUCCUCUGUAUCCUAAUGUUAAUUUAGUUUAGGUACCCCAGCAGGUUAGAUUUUAAAGAUUUCUUCGAUCGAGCUAUCAUCUCUGUUCAACUUUUCUACCUGUUAUGCUGCAUGUAAAUUUAAAGCACUAUUUAUUUCUAAUCUAAUGUUUUAUUAUGGUAAAAUUUGUUCAAUAAAACUACUACUCACUGUAUUUAUUUCUCUUAAAGUAUAAGUUGGUUUUUAAACAUGUUAAUUAACUUAAUUUUGUUUUUAUUCAACCAGUUUACCAGACCUUUUUUGACGUUGAGUUAAAAAUCUAAAUAACAGAAACCACUUCAGAUAUUUAAAAUAAGUUCAGAUUUGAAUUUUUUUUAUUCAAUAAAUUAAGGACAAAAAACUAAAGAGAUCAACC